AUGGAGCCUGUGGGAGCUUUUCUUGAUGAUGAAUGGGAUUCAUUGAGCAGGAUGUUGUCCACAGAAGGGGCUGAUUUCAUGGUGCAGUUGCUCGGUCACGACGAGCAUCAUGAUGGUUUGAGCUUCAUAACUAAUUCAUCAUCAACCUUUUGUGAUGAUGAUCAGAGUUUGUUUUGUUCUUCAAACACCUUUGACUCCAAUUUUCACUAUUUUUCUCAUGAGAGUAACAACAAUAGUAGUGCUAGUAAUGGCACAUUUUUUCCCAUUCCUAGCCAUGAAAACUACCACCUAAAUAGUCAUUCUAACCAUAUUCCAAUAGCCAAUAAUGCAUAUGAUGAGUCCAUGGAUUUAUGUUUGAUGGACAACGAAAACAAUAGCUCAAUUGUGCCGGUUUUCGCUGAUGGCAUAAUGGAAGACAUUCUCUGCUUGAAAGAAGAGAUGAGCAUUGACCACCAAGUAGAGACUGUAGGUGAUCAGCUGGAGACAAUUGCUGAUCAUGGCAAGGAAAUGCAGCUCAAGAGGAAGUUGAAUGUGCCCAAAGGAGUGGAAGACAAAAUCAACCACGACACGUCUGAGAAUACAAAGAAGAAAUCUAGGGUUUCAAGAGAUGCACAAAAGGGUAAGAAAAAUGCACAGGCAAGGAAGAACCAGAAGCAAUCCACGAAUGCCAACGACGAAGAGGGUACUACUAAUGCUGAAUUGAAUGGACAAAGCCCUAGUUGUCAAAGCUCAGAGGAUGAUUCUGAAGCCUCUCAUGAGAACAAUGAACUCGGAACCUCGGAUUCUAAAGGGCCAAAAGCUCUCAACUUGAAUGGGAAGACCAGAGCUAGUAGGGGUUCUGCAACUGAUCCUCAAAGCCUCUAUGCAAGGAAAAGGAGAGAGAAAAUAAAUGAGAGAUUGAGAGUCUUGCAGAAUCUUGUUCCUAAUGGAACAAAGGUUGACAUUAGCACAAUGCUUGAAGAGGCAGUCCAUUAUGUGAAGUUUUUGCAGCUUCAAAUUAAGUUAUUAAGCUCAGAUGAUAUGUGGAUGUAUGCUCCCAUUGCUUACAAUGGAGUGGACAUGGGUCUCUACCAAAAUAUUUCUCCAACUCUAUGA